AUGAAAAAAAAUUAUUCUUUUUUUUUUCUUUUUCUAUCUUUUUAUUCAUUUCUGUCUGUUUUUCAUAAAUGUUCUCUCUCACCUUCUUUUUCUUCCUUUCUUUUCUUCUUUUUUUUCUUUUCUUUAUUUAUUCGUUUCUUCCUUUAUUUCUUUUCUUCUUUUUUUUCUUUUCUUUAUUUAUUCGUUUCUUUCUUUCUUUCUUUUCUUUCUUUCUUUUUGACUUAUCUUAAUUUCACCCCCAUUCUUUCAAAUUUCGUUUUUACUUUUUUUUUAUUUUCUUCCUUUCUUUCAACUAUUAUUCAUUUUUCUUAUUCUUAUUUUUUCUACCUUUCUUUCAUUUUUCUUUUCCUUCUUUCUUUCUUUACUUUUCUUUCUUUUUCUUUCUUUUCUUUUCUUUCUUAUUUCUUUUCCUUUUUCUUUCUUUUUCUUCUUUCUUUUCUUUCUUUCCUUUCUUUCUUUCUUCCAUUCUUUCAACUAUUAUUCACUUUUCUUAUCCUUAAUUUUUCUAUCUUUCUUUCAUUUUUCUUUUCCUUCUUUCUUUCUUUUCUUUCUUUUCCUUAUUUCUUUCUGUCUAUCUUUUCUUUCUUUCUUUUCUUUUCUUUCUUUCUUUCUUUUCUUUCUGUCUUUCUUUUCUUUUCUUUCUUUCUUUCUUUCUUUCAACUAUUAAUCAUUUCUCUUAUCCUUAAUUUUUCUUUCUUUUUUCUUUUCCUUCUUUUUUCUUUUCUUUCUUUUUUCUUUCUUUCUUUUUCUUCUUUCUUUCAUUUUUUCUUUCUUUUCUUUCUUUUCUUUUCUUUCUUUCUUUCUUUCUUUUCUUCUUCUUUCUUUCUUUCUUUCAACUAUUAUUCAUUUUCUCAUCCUUAA